GGGUGCUCGUCGUCUGUGAAUUUUUUCUGAAUUUUUCCCACGUUAAAUAUUGUGUGUAUUUUGUUUAUUAUUCUUGCCUUAUUACUUUAUUUUAUCAAUUUCUACGUCUUUAAUUUAUUUUUGCUGCGCACUCACCAAUCCUAACAAGGUGGGUGGGUUUUCUAGUGGUUUCGGGGAAAGGGAGGUGGGUGGGUGGGAUUUCUAGUGGUUUCGAGGAGGUGGGAAAAGGGAGGGGAUUGAUGGUGGUGGUUGGUGGUCUGUGAAAGGCACCUUGAUGGGGAGAUGAUUGCUUUUUUUUUUUUAAUUGAAAUUAAUAUUUUGAGAAGAAAAAUGUAAAGAAAAAAACCUACCAAUUACAUUGCAACACGUAUGACAAUAACCUAUUAAACAGGUUAUCAACCGGUCACAUUCUAUUUUAAGCUGAUGUUUGUCAAAUAUUGUUUUAUUUAAAAUAAUUAAAAAACCAUUUUAUUUUUAAAAGAUCGGCCAAUAUCGUUUUAUUAUUAAUAAUUUUUCCAACUAGAAUAAAAAAAUAUAUAAAUAAUUUAACCGAUUUGCAAAGUGAAUAUCCGUGCUUGUUUCUCAACAUUAAUCAAACUGAAAGCAAAAUACAAAUAUGAAAAAGACAAUAAAAAUUUAAAAUACAUCUAAGGAGUGCUGAAAAUUUCCUCUGAUGUUUGGAACUAGCCGUUAUCUUUCUCCUCAAUUCAAAAAACUACUUUCACCAUCAAACCCAUUUUUGAAAUUCUCCAUCUCCACUAUCUCAACAACAACAACUAACCAUGUCGGAGAUCCACCGAGUCGACCCGGACCUCCACCAAUCCGAGUUGACAUCACCGAGUCAGCUGGUCGAGGUGUUUUCGCAACUCGAAGAAUCGAAGCUGCUGAACUCAUUCACACUGCAAAACCAGUGGUUUCUCACCCUUCUCUCUCCAAAAUCGAUUGCGUUUGUUACCUUUGCCUUAAGAAAUUAAAGUUCAGUAACGAUUCUCAUACUCGAAUUGAUGGAUUUUGUUCCGAAGAAUGUCGUCAAGAAGCUAAGGCAUAUUAUGAACUAGAGAAGAAGGCAGAUUGGUCCAAUUACAACAAAUACUGCAGAGAUUUGGGAUUGAAGUAUCCGCUUUUGGUAAAGCGGUUAGCAUGUAUGGUAAUAGCUGGAGCAGCAUCUGCGGACUGCGUUCAUAUACUUCAACCUGCUCAUAUACUACCCAAGAUUGAAGUGGAAUAUAGCAUGCUUAGGAGUGCAAUCGAAGGAUUAAAUAUAACGAAGGAAAAUUUAAAUUUUUUGUCAGAGCAGUGGUAUGCUGAUGUAUUGGCUCGUGUACGUAUUAAUGCAUUUCGAAUUGAAAUGGUUGCUGGGUCAUAUGAUGAUCUCCAUGCACUGGCAGCAGCAUCAGUAGAAGCUGAAUCUGGAGUUGGGAAUGCUGUUUAUAUCCUUCCUUCAUUCUACAAUCAUGAUUGUGAUCCUAACGUGCAUAUUAUAUGGAUGGACUCUGUUCAUGCAAGGCUGAAAGCACUUCGUGACAUCGAAGAAGGUGAAGAGCUUCGGAUAUGUUAUAUUGAUGCUAGUUUAGAUCAUAAUGCUCGCCAAGAUAUUCUUCUAGGAGGAUUCGGUUUCAAGUGCUCGUGUCCUCGCUGUUUAUCCGGUGACUAGUGAUCCAUAACUACUUUAUUAUGCUUGUGAGGAAAUCCCAUGAUUUCAUCAUCUUUUCUUGCCAUUGAAUGCAUAUCGUUACAUAUUAAGGAGGAUUUAGGAAGUAGGAACUGCAUGCAGUUUUGCAAAAAAUAGGUGGAAAGAUUCGUCGUCAUUGGGAAGAUUUGAAAAAAGCACAAGACAACAAUCGUGGACUACUGAAGUACUGAACAACAAUAUUAGCUAACUCCUAGCAAUUUCUAUCAAAUGUGUGUUUGGGUGUUUAAAUAGGAAUAUCCUCAAAAUUAAACAAUUUAAGUGAAACCCCAGUAAAGGGAAUAUCUUCGAAAAAUUAAAAAUUACUAUUGCUGUUUUUUUUUAUUAGAAAUUGUGCAAUCAACAGUAUGCUAAUGUGGAAAUAUAGGCAUUAACUCAGAACUAACAAAGAAGAAUAACAAAGGACACAAGAAAAAUUUAUAUGGAUAUUCUUCGUCAGAGAUAAAUAAAAGCCAAAAACUCUGCACUAAAACUAUAAUCAAUGUAAGAGAUGAUGGUAUAGGUAAAAACC